AAGGCGGCGGCACUCCCCCUCUUCAGACAACGUCACGCCCACGAAGAAGUGGAGGAGCAACAAAAACAAGCAGUAAAAUUGGCUUAGCAUCUUUCCGGGCGGUGGAAAAACUUGUCACGAGAUUAGAAACGAGGUUUACCGAAAAACGGGGUUAAAACGUGAAAAACAGAACGAAAUGCCAGCUCAAAAGAAAUCUAGGAAAUAAUAAACACGAAAGAAAAACAAAUUGACAAGUGUGCUAGUCGCGCAAGGUGGCAAGGCUAUCAGCUCAGCUGGCAGCCCUAACACAUGGGGCAGCCAAAAAAAACCCGUUUCCACCGCCAGUUGGCGGUAUUUUUAAAUAGCAUCUUCGAUGGCAUCAGUUUUAGAUUUGCAGGUGCCUAAAUCAGCGCAUUGCCACUCAACAAGUGUUCACUUCGCCCAAUCGAGCUUUCUGCCUCAAAAAGCUCUGUUUUAACCGGCCCGGCAAACUAAGCGAUUAAAAAAUGGUUUAGUCGCACGCCAAACACGCAAAAGGAAUAAGCGUUGGCAAGGGAAGCAUUUUGAAUAUCCUGUCCAAGAAUAAAACGAGAAACUUACACACAACUUAAAAUUGCAAUAAAUAAUUAACACCCCUGAAUUCGUUUCGUGUGGUCACUCAGUUUUUGUUCCUAAGAGUUUCGGUUAAAAUUUGUGCUUAUCGAGGUUCUCCUCGUUGCUUUUUGGCUGCCAUAUGGCGCCCAAGGAGCCACAAUCCGCAAAUGUCAAUAGUGAAAAAAGGAAUAGCUGAAACGCACAUGCCAAAAGUUUUGCGCCAAAACUAAAGUUCCAGGUAACCGGUAGCUGGGAGUAGUUGUCCAUUUGGGAAUUUAUGUAUGGGAGCAGGAGCCGGAACAUUGGAAGUGCCUAACUUUGAUUUGUGGUAGGAACACACGCUACUGCACUGGAAAAAAUCAAGCGCCUGAAAAUGGCAUCGAGGCUGAUGUUGCCAGCGUCGCCGGCGCUGUCUCUCUAACUGCGAACGGUACGCCGUCCGCUGAACCGCUGAUACGCCGCACCGCUGCACCGCUUCACCUGUCCGCCGAUCGCUGAGCGGUCCACAAAUCAGGCGCCCCAUAGUAGAAGAUGUCGCAGCAACAUGAGGCAACAGCGGCGGCCGCGGAGAAGCCGCUAAAUAACGGCUACCUGCAGGCGAAUGCGCCGCUGGAGGAGCUGAGUGCCACGGUGGUGUCGCCACUCCUGGGACAGCAACAGGUGCAGCACCAGGCGCCACAUCAGAUGCAGCAGCAACAGCAGCAGCAGCAGCAGAACAAGCUGCCCACUGUCGUUUUCCUGGCGCCCGACGGCAGCGGAGGCGUGGGAAUCCAGCGAGGAAAUCCAGCGCAGGGCAAUCCCGGCAUGGUAACGGGCACCGGCAGCCACAGCGACUGGCUGCUCAAGGAGUCGCAGCAGCGGCGCCGCCUGCUCGUCCUGGCCAUCGCCUUUACCGUUCUGGGCGCGGCCAUCGGGGCACUGGCCAUCUACUUCGCCAGCGUCCAUCAGCGUUGCCAUCUGUAUCGCCUGGAGCCAGACAACGAUGACAGACCGAACGGCAGGUGGAACCAGGAUUCGGGAUCCGCCCACGAGGGGCAGGAUAACAUUUGCAUGACCCAGGAGUGCGUGAGAACAGCCGCCUCCCUGCUCUCGGCCAUGGACCUCAACUCCGAUCCCUGCGAGGACUUUUUCCAGUACGCGUGCGGCACGUGGAACAAGAUGCAUCCCAUUCCCGAGGACCGCAGCUCCAUCAGCACGUUUGAGGUCCUGUCCGAUCAGCAGCAGGUUAUCCUGCGCGCAGUUCUGGAGGAACCCAUCGAUGAACGCGACAACAAAGCCACCAUAAAGGCCAAAACCUUCUUCAAGAGCUGCAUGGAUAUUCCUCAAAUCCGCAAAAUCGGAACGGGUCGACUCAAGCAGGUACUGCAAUCCCUGGGCGGCUGGCCGGUCAUCGAGCGGAACUGGAGUCCGCCGGCGGAUCUCUCCGUGGAGCGGCUAAUGGGUCAGCUCCGACUGAACUACAGCGAGCCGGUGAUGAUCGAGCUGUACGUGGGCGCCGACGACAAGAACAGCUCGGUGAACAUCCUGCAGAUGGACCAGCUGCAGUAUGCCCUGCCCUCGAGGGACUACUACCUGAAGGAGAGCAGUGCGAACGACCGAAGGGCCUACCAUCGGUAUAUGACACAGGUGGCGCUGCUCCUGGGAGCGGAUCCGGCCACCGCCGCCGCGGAACUGGAGAAAGUUGUGCUCUUCGAGACGCAGCUAGUGAAUGUUUCCUUGCCGGAGGCGGAUCGUCAUGACACUAGCCUGGUCUAUCGUAAGAUGUUGCUGCCCGAGCUGCAGGAACUGGUGCCCGAGGUGCAGUGGCAGGAGUAUCUACAGGCAGCUCUGGGUCCGGGGAUUCCCCUGCAGGAGGACGAGCCGCUGGUCACCUACGGGCUGCACUAUCUCACCGAAAUGGGCAAGAUACUGGCGCACACCGAUCGCCGUGUGGUGCACAACUAUAUGCUGUGGCGCCUGGUCAUGUCCUUGAUGUCACACAUGAUCGAUGAGUAUCAGCGUGAGCGGGUGGAGUUCCGCAAGAUCCUAAUGGGCAUCCAGUCGGAGAGGACACGCUGGUCACAGUGCGUCGAGUGGACUAACAAGAAGCUGGGUGUCGCCGUGGGAGCCCUCUUCAUCCGGGACAACUUCAAUCAGGAGAGCAAGGAGGUGGCCCUCGAGAUGAUCCACACUAUACGUGCGGCGUUCAACGAGCUUCUGGCCGAGAACGAUUGGAUGGACGACGAGACGCGGGCGGUGGCCAAGGAGAAGGCGGACUCGAUGAACGAGCGGAUUGGUUAUCCGGAGCUGCUCACCAAUGCCACCGAGCUGGAGCAGGAGUACGUGAAUCUAACAAUUGUCCCCGACAACUUCAUCAACAAUGUCCUUAGCAUUCUGCAAUGGGAGUCGGAGAAGAUGCUGCGACUUCUUCGCCAGCCGGUGGACAAGGAAAAGUGGACCACCGAACCGGCGGUGGUGAAUGCCUUCUACAACCCGAAUAAAAACGAUAUAGUAUUUCCUGCUGGCAUCCUGCAGCCGCUAUUCUACAGCCAGCACUUUCCCAAGUCCUUGAAUUACGGCGGAAUCGGAGUGGUCAUUGGCCACGAGAUUACCCACGGAUUCGACGACAAGGGCAGGCAGUUCGACAAGGAGGGCAACAUGAUGCAGUGGUGGAACAAUGCCACCAUCGAGGCCUUUCGCGAACGGACGCAGUGCGUCAUCGAUCAGUACUCGCGCUACAAGAUUAACGAGGUGGACAUGUUCAUGGACGGACGGAUGACGCAGGGCGAGAACAUCGCCGACAACGGCGGUCUAAAACAGGCUUUCAGGGCCUACAAGAAAUGGGAGACCUUACAUGGGCGGGAGCAGCAGCUGCCCGGCCUGAACAUGACCCACGAUCAGCUGUUCUUUCUCAACUACGCCCAAAUCUGGUGCGGAUCCAUGCGGCCGGAGGACGCUCUGACCAAGAUCCGCUCCGCGGUCCACUCGCCCGGAUUCGUUCGUGUCCUGGGACCACUUUCGAAUUCUCGCGACUUUGCCAGCGCCUACAAAUGCCCACUGGGCAGCACCAUGAAUCCGGCGGAAAAGUGCAGCGUGUGGUAGUCCGCCGCGGCCGUCGAUGUUUUUUUUUUAUAUAUUUAUAUCGCAUACUAUAUAGUAUUUACAUAUCGAUAUACACCAUACGAGUACUGUAGAUCACCUGCGGCAACAGCAAACCAACCUACCAACCAGGACGAUAAGAUUGACGACCAGCCAAUCUGGGCUGUUCCAAUUUUUUGUGUAUUUCCUCGUUUUACUUUCCGUUCAUUAUGGCGCUGCAAUGCAUAUGUACUUUAUACCUGGCUAUAUAGAAUUAUAGUGUGUUUGUAGUUGUACACGAGUGCGCUAUCCGAGUAGCCCACAAAAUGCCCCGGAUCCGCACUUUUCACACACCUCCUUACCGACAUUAUAUUCGUGAAUAAAGAACAAGUACGG